GAGGGAGACGGAGGGUGGGGGGUGCGGUUUGCAAAGCGCGCAAGGACACCCACAGCCCGCGCUCCUCCAUAACAAGCCAGCUUCUCCUCGCGCAUCCAUCGUCGGCUCUGGACAAUAAGCGGUUGUCGGAGGGGAUGCUUUGCUGCUGCUGCCGGCAGCCGCCUUCCUCCGCGGCCCCUGGGACGCGCAGAUCUUGAAGGAGGAGGAGGAGGAAGAGAGGAGGAGGAGGGAAAAAGGGAAAAGGAGAGAGAGAUCAAUCCAGCCCAGCAGCCUCUCUCUGUCUCCUUCCCUCUCUCCUUUGCACCUUGCAAGGUUGCCAGGCUGAAGGAGCGGAGCGCGCCAGCCGCGGCACCGAAAAUGGAGAUCAUCGACACGAGUACAAUUCAGCAGGAAAGACUCCAGGCCAUAGCGGAGAAGAGGAAGCGCCAAGCCGAGAUCGAAAACAAGAGGCGGCAGCUGGAAGACGACCGGCGUCAGUUGCAACACUUAAAGUCAAAGACCUUGAGGGAAAGAUGGUUGCUGGAAGGAGCCCCUUCGUCGACGGCCGAGGAAGGUGACGCCUUGAAAAAGCAGAUGCAAGAGGAUGACUUGAAGGCCAAGGAGCUGGAAGAAAGCAUCCAGAGGUUGGAGAAGGAGCUGGAGCAACUGGAAAACGGGAUCUCAGCGUCGUCCACCAAAGAGAACAUGGCUGAGGAGACGCGGGCGGGGGGCAAGGAGGAAAAGGCGCCCCGUACACCCAAGACUCCUCUAGGCUCGGCCAAAGUGGAAAACAGAGUCUCCAACAGCCCUGUUAAAGUGGUGGAAGGCGGUGGGAUGAUGAAGGCAGCUAUGUACUCCGUGGAGAUCACGGUGGAGAAGGACAAACUGACGGGCGAGACCAAGGUCCUGUCCAGCACCACCAGGCUGCCCAAAGACCGCUCGGUUCAGGGGGUCAAGGUGUACGAGGACGAGAUGAAAGUGGUGCACGCGGUCCGCGUCGAAGACGGGGCGCUGGAGAACGGCUUGCAGCAGCUCAGCUCCUCCGAAGUGGACGAGCUCAUCCACAAGGCCGACGAGGUGACCCUGAGCGAAGCGUCAGAGGCGGCCAAGGAACCCCGUAGCAACCCGCCAAGCCAGAAGGCCACCCCGAGGAAGGAGAUCACCGGUGUCCAGGCGAAACCGGUGGAAACCCCCAAGUUGAUGCCAGCCGGCCAAGGCCCUGAACCCAGCGAGGAAAAGCCGGUCACCAUGAUCUUCAUGGGCUACCAGAACGUGGAAGACGAGGACGAAACCAAGAAGGUCUUGGGUCUCGAAGGCACCAUCCGGGCGGAGCUGGUGGUGAUCGAGGACGCCGAGAACAAGGCGGCGUCGGCGGCAGGGAAGGAUCACGCUCCUCCGAACGGCAGCGCGGUGGUGACGGCCGUCCCCCAGAAGGUGGAGAACCAAGCUGGGGAGCCACCAGCGGCCAACAGCACCGACCCCAAAGACGCAGAGCAAGAUCUUGACACCAAGAAACAGCGCUGCAAAUGUUGUUCGGUGAUGUAAGGCACCCCCCCUCGACUCUACAGCCAAUCAGGACUGCCUUCUCUCCUCUCCCUCUCCCCCCAUAAUUCCCACCUCUUCCACAAACUCCUAGGUUUAAUGUGGUUGUUUUUUUUUUAAUUUUUAAUUAACAAGACAUGCAGUUCCCACCGCUCCCGGAGGUUUUGUUUUUCUGUUCCCUUUAAGUGACUGGGGAAAUAUUCUAAUGCAAGAGUUGGU